AUGGCGCAGAGGAGGCCACCGGCCGCUGAUGCUGGGGUCGCUGGCCGCAGAUCUAGGGUCGCCUGCUGCAGGGGCUCGGAAGCCGCGCGUGGCCACGACUCGGAGUCGCCAGCCUCCUGGCCACCGGCGCAGAGGCCGCGCGGGGCUGCCGAAGCCGGGUUGCCGGCGAGGAAGGAGGAGGACGCGGCGUUGGCGCUCAGGAAGAUGGAGAUGGGCUGGCCGACGGACGUCCGCCACGUCGCCCACGUCACAUUGGACCGCUUCCAUGGUUUUCUCGGCCUCCCCGUCGAGUUUGAGGAUGAGAUGCCCUGCCGCGUGCCCAGCGCCAGGAAUCAUAGUGAAAAUUUUGAUUUUCUAAAGGAUGAGUUCAUGAUUUUGAGUGCUCCCGAUUUGGAGCAGGUUGAUGGUCUGCAGGCCCAUGUGAAGAAAAGUGGACUUUCAACAGAGAUUGAGCUGCUUAUUUCUUCCCCUUUACUAAGGUAUAAUCUGGCUGCCCUCUUUCUUGAUGUUUUUUAUCAAGGACAGAGCUUCAUUCUCAAGACAUGA